CUCUCUUUCUUUUCUUCCCUCCUCUCCUGCAGGGAUGGCCCAGAGUGAAACGUUCCCACGGUUAACGUCACCGGAUUAGCCUGGGGUUUGCCGGAAGAAGCUCUGACAGCCCUCCUCCCCAGCUGCCUCCUCCUGCAAAUGCCGGGGCGCCUUGAGGAUUGCUCGCCAGUGCGAUGGCCGCAGGGGCCGAUCCCCCAGCAGGGAGCCCCGAGGGGGGCUCUCGCGGGCUGGCGUCCCAUGGCGCCUUGCCCCCCAGUCACGGCUGACGUCUGCGUUCCCCGAUGGGGAUGAGUGGCCCCUUCGAACAGGGAGUCGCAGUCCUCGCUUCCCUUGGACUAUGACAUCGUACCGGCCUGUUCACGAGAGCGGCGACGUGGGGGGCCCCGGAUUGAAAGGCGGCGACUAUUACUCCCCGGGGUUCUGGGCCCAGAAUGGCUGUGCCGCGCAAGCGGAGGCGCCCGUUUCCUCGCGGCCGGCAACGGCCACCCCGGCCAUGCCCAAAAUGGGCGUGCGGGCCAGGAUCGCCGACUGGCCGCCAAAGAGAGAAGGGCUGAAAGAUCCCGCCACUGCCGCCAGCAGCACUUCAAGAGACCUAGAGACGCCAACCACGGGCUCCCGCGGCUUCCAGAAUGGGGCCGCCUUCACUGGGACGUCCCGGGGCUUCCAGCGCCUGGCUCGGCGGCGCUCUAAGGACGCGGAGUUCCCUGACGGCUGGCCGCGGUCCCCGGCCCGGGGCUUCCUGCCUCUUCGGAACCGGAGCAGCAGCGAGGUCACGCUCAGUGAGUGUGACCCGCAGGAGGUGUUUGAGCCCUGGGGGGCUGGUGCCAAGCUGCCCAUUUUCCGGGAGUACGGGAGCACCUCCUCCAUCGACGUUCAGGGCGUCUCGGAGCAAAGCUUCUACGAAAUGCUUGAUGAGUUUCGCAGUGGGAAGAUGGUGCGGCGGAAGGAGCAGGCGGGGUCUUUCCGUGCGGCGCGGGGCAGCAGCAGCAAAGCCGAGGCCCGGAGUGAGCAGCAGGCGCUCUCCCUCCUGGGCGCGGACGAGUUCCCCCUGCAGCCCAAGGAGAAGUCCCGCAAGAAGGGACCCCGGGGCGAUGCGGGCGGCGGGGACUCCAUCUUCCGGAAGCUGCGGAGCGGCCGGGGAGACCCCGAAGGCGGCAAGGGUGGCCCUCCGGACCCCGAGGACGCAGGCGGGCGGCCCUGGCUGUGCCAGAAGAGAUUUGCGCACUACGACGUCCAGAGCAUGCUCUUUGACCUCAAUGAGGUGGUGGCGCGGCGGGCCUACGUGGCGCAAAGGAGGAACACCGCCACAGGGGCCUCGGCCGCUUCAGCUGUCUCCUCCGCCUCGCGGACCUGCGGCCCCCCGGAGCCUGCGGCGGCCCCCUUCCUCGGCUCCGAGGACCCGAACUUCAAGGAGCACCUGGGGCACGACCCCGGGGACAGCCGCAGCAACGGGCUCCUGCUCAGCUGCCCGCACUUCCGCAACGAGGUGGGCGGGGAGCGCGAGCGCGACGUCAGCUUCUCGCGGGCCUCGCCCGCCUCCCUUGGCUCUCCUGGCGGGGAGGCCGCAGGGGCAGGAGGGGGCGGCCUGGCGGAGGCGUCCCCCGCCCCGUGCUGCACCAAUGCCAGCGUCUCCGUCCUGGAGGUGCCCAAGGAACUUCAGCGUAACGUGGCGCGGCUGAAGCACUACAGCAUCGAGCACGUCGACCUGGGCGCCCGCUACUACCAGGAGCACUUCUGUGGCAAAGAGCAUGCCAACUACUUUGGGGUGGACGAGAAGCUGGGCCCGGUGGCCGUCAGCAUCCGGCGAGAGAAGCUGGAGGACCACCGAGAGCACGGGCCUCAGUACCAGUACAGGAUCAUCUUCCGAACCAGCGAGCUGACCACCCUCCGUGGCUCCAUCCUGGAGGAUGCCACGCCCACCUCCACCAAGCAUGGCACCGUCCGCGGGCUCCCCCUCAAGGAUGUGCUAGAGAACGUGGUCCCCGAGCUGAACAUCCACUGCCUCCGCCUGGCCCUCAGUGUCCCCAAAGUCACGGAGCAGCUGCGGAAGCUGGACGAGCAGGGGCUGUGCCGCAAGCACAAGGUGGGCGUCCUGUACUGCAAAGCCGACCAGAGCUCCGAGGAGGAGAUGUACAACAACGAAGAGGCCGGGCCUGCCUUUGAGGAGUUCCUGGCGCUGCUGGGGGAGAAGGUGUGCCUCAGGGGCUUCGACAAGUAUGCCGCCCAGCUGGACACCAAAACCGACUCCACGGGCACCCACUCUCUCUACACCACCUACCAGGGCUACGAGAUCAUGUUCCACGUUUCCACGAUGCUUCCUUACACCCCCAACAAUAGGCAGCAGCUGCUCAGGAAGAGGCACAUUGGGAACGACAUUGUCACCAUCAUCUUCCAGGAGCCGGGGGCUCUGCCCUUUACCCCCCAGAACAUCCGCUCCCAUUUCCAGCAUGUCUUCAUCAUCGUCCGGGCCCAGAAUCCCUGCACAGAGAAUGUUUGCUACAGCGUGGCAGUGACCCGCUCCAAAGACGUCCCUCCCUUUGGGCCAGCCAUCCCCAGCCGAGCCGCCUUCCACAAAUCCGACGUCUUCCGGGACUUCCUGCUGGCCAAGGUGAUCAACGCCGAGAACGCGGCCCACAAGUCGGACAAGUUCCACACCAUGGCCACGCGGACCCGGCAGGAGUACCUGAAGGACCUGGCGGAGAACUGCGUCACCAGCACGCCCAUCGACUCCACGGGGAAGUUCAACCUGAUCUCGCUGGCCUCCAAGAAGAAGGAGAAGACGAAAGCCCGGCCGGGGGCUGAGCAGCACAGCGCCGGGGCCAUUGCGUGGCACGUGCAGGCGCAGGAUUACACCCAGGGGCUGGAGAUCGAGUGCAUCUUGGGCAUCUCCAACGAGUUUGUCGUCCUCUUGGACCUCGGCACCAAAGAGGUGGUCUUCAACUGCUUCUGCGCGGACGUGAUCGGGUGGACGCCGGACACGUUCAGCAUCAAGGUCUUCUACGGGUGCGGGGACCACAUUUUCAUCCGGGCCCUGGAGAGCAAUCCGGAGGACAUCAAGGAGAUUGUGCAGCGCCUGAAGGUCAUGACCUCUGGCUGCGAGACGGUGGAGAUGACGCUGCGGAGGAACGGGCUGGGGCAGCUGGGCUUCCACGUGAAGUUUGACGGGACGGUGGCCGAGGUGGAGGACUACGGCUUUGCCUGGCAGGCGGGGCUGCGCCAGGGCAGCCGGCUGGUGGAGAUCUGCAAGGUGGCCGUGGUCACGCUCAGCCACGACCAGAUGAUCGACUGGCUGCGCACCUCUGUGACGGUGAAGGUGGUCAUCGUCCCUCCGCACGAGGACGGCGUCCCUCGCAGGGGCUGGGCCGAGUCCUUCAAGAUGAGCACCCUGGAGGCCAAGGGGGAGCAGGAGAGCCUGCCAGUGGGCUACCGGCCCUCCUACCGCAGCAACUCCGCCUGGCAGUGGAGCAGCUCUGCCACCCACGGCUCCUCGCAGCCGAGCCACGGCCAGUCCCAGUCCCUGACCAGGACCCCAAAGCAGAGCUCCGUGACCCCUUACCGAGAGCCCCAGCCCCUGCAUGGCAAGAGGCCAGUGAGCUUCCCAGAGACCCCCCGGCUCUCUUCCUCGCAGCCUGGGGCAGAGAGGAUCCUGUCCUAUCGCCAGCCCUCGGGCAGCUUCUCCAUGCCAGGCUCUUCGGGGGCAGCAGCGGGGGCGGCCUACGCCCGAUACAAGCCAUCUACGGAAAGUUCCACACACAGGUAUGCAGCCCCACAAGCACAGCGGCCCCUGAUGCCCUUCGACCCCCUCUAUGCCCACGAGGCGGCCUCCAACGGGGACUCCUGCUCUUCCUCCGGGGGAGUGGCCAGCCAGGAGAGCACCAUGGAGAGGCCCAAGCCUGAGCCUCUUUGGCACGUGCCGGCGCAGCCCAGGGUGUCGGCACCGUCUGGCAGCAAGCGGCCGAGCAGGCAGGAGCUGGCGGGCAAGGACUCUCCCAACCGGCACUCCAAGGGCGAAGGGCAGUACUCCAGCAGCCAUUCCAGCAGCAACACGCUCUCCAGCAACGCCUCCAGCAGCCACAGCGACGAGCGCUGGUUCGACACGCCCGACCCGGCCGAGGCCGACCCGGACCCCCUGGCCAAGGGGGGCUCCAGCGACAGCGGCAUCGACGCCACCAGCGCCAAGUCCUCCUCGCGCAGGGACAAGCCUGCCAACAAGGCCCCGCCACCCUUCGGCGGCGCCCUGCACGAGGCUGCGGCCAGUGGCAAGCGCAGGGACGCGUCCCCGGCCGUCGGCUCCGGCGGGCAGAGCUGGGGCUACCACGGCCCCAAGGCCUUUGGAGUGGGCUCCGGAGGGGCUGCCCGGGGCGGCAGCGGGAACCACCACUUCAAGCAGCCAAGCAGCGGCAGGGCCACGUACCCUGCCCAGGCGUACAAGGCGCCCCCGGCUGAUGCCACACGGGGCCCCCACAUGCCGCAGUCCAGCUCCUUCCAGCUCUCGGCCUCCGUUCCCAAGUCCUUCUUCUCCAAGCAGGGCAGCAGGAACAAGCACCUCCCGGCCGGGUGGAAGAGGGGCGAGGAGACCCCCGCCAGGCCCACGGCCUUUGCAGACCCCAAGAAGCAAGUGGACCUGAACACCAAGAAUGUCUUUGGGCAGCCGCGGCUAAGGGCCUCCCUGCGCGACCUCCGCUCCCCACGCAAGACCUACAAGUCCACCAUUGAGGACGACCUGAAGAAGCUGAUCAUCAUGGACGGCGGCUCCACUGAGCAGGAGAGGGAUUUGUCCCCCCAGAAGACCCUGCAGAGGACGCUGUCGGACGAGAGCCUGUGCAGCGGGAGGCGAGACCCCAGCUAUGCCAGCGCCUACGGCUUUGAGCAGCCCCUGCCGGGGGACGUGCUCUUCACCAGCACCUUCAGCACCCUCCCCGUACGGAAGCAGCACCCCACCCCCAGCAACGGGGGCCUCUCGGAGAGGAAGGGCGCCAUUUCGGCCUCUGAGCUCUCCUUGACGGACGUGCGGGAAAAGCCUUUGCGGCGGAUUGACCCGGGCCUGAUGCCCCUUCCGGACACGGCCGCCGGCCUGGAGUGGUCCAGCUUGGUCAACGCAGCCAAGGCCUACGAAGUGCAAAGAGCCGUCUCCCUCUUCUCCCUCCAUGACGCCACGCUGAGCCCGGACGUCCCCUCUGCCCACAGCCCCGUCCUGGGGCACCUGAGCCUGGAGAGGCAGCUGACGCCCCGCACGACACCCACCAUGAGCGAGGAGCCCUCUGUGGACCUGACAGGCAAAGUCUACCAGCUGGAGGCGAUGCUGAAGCAGCUCCAUAGCGACCUGCAGAAAGAGAAGCAAGACAAGGUGGUCCUGCAGGCGGAGGUGGCCAACUUGCGCCACAACAACCAGCGCCUGCAGGAGGAGUCCCAGACGGCCAACGAGCAGCUGCGGAAGUUUGCCGAGAUCUUCUCCAGCGCCGUGGAGAAGAAGGAGCUGUGAGCUUGCCGGAGAGCGGGGCUGCUUGGAAGCGAGAGAUGAGGGGCUUGCUGGUGGUGUGGGACCCCAACAACGCCCUGGCCAGCCUCCCUCCUUCUUCCUUGGGGAGCAGGGCCACCUCUCCUCCCGCCCUCCUGCCUGCCCGCUUCCCAGCCUGGCACCAGGCGUGGCGCUCAGGGCCCAGGGCACUUCUUGCCGCAGGUGUACUCUCAGGUGCUUCCUUGGGCGUUUGCCAAGAGAACUGCGAUAUGGGCACCUGGGCUCACCCACCCUGAGCAGGGUAGGGGGCCGCCGCUGCCCUCGCCGCCUCCGCCCAUCCUGGAUCGCCACCAGGGGGCGCCUUGGCGCUUGACAGACUCUGGGUGUUUGGGGGGGGGCCCUUCGAGCGAGACCACCGAGAAUCUCAAAAGAGCACUUUCUCACGACUAAAUUAUUUUCUAGAGAACGCAAGGAUGGGAGUGGCUCAGGAAGUUAAAAAAAGAAGAAGUUUAAAUGUAUAUGUUCUUUAUAAAACACUAUAUUUGUAUAAAUGGUACUGUUUGUAACUCCACCCGCCCGCCCCUCUGGAGAUCUCUGUGCAUGCCUCAGAACUCAGCACACACACACACAGAGACACAAACGGUUGCACAGCGGCAGCAGAAGUUGGGAGCUGGGGGACCUGGACAGUCUUGGGCAUCGGGGCAGGAGUGGUGCCCCUGCCCCACUGGCCUGGGGGGGGGCGCUUGCCUCUGUUGUGUGGCAACGGGCGGUCCUGCCAUUGGGGGCCACUCUUCCCCCCAGCUCCUCCUGGGAAUCGGUGCCUCUCGCAUUUCCCGACCUCUGGUGCCGCCACACACACACACACACACACACCCCGGGCACCCCUGUGCCUGAGCAACUCUUCGGCAAUAAGGAAAUGCGUGCGGGCAGUUGGUACAUUGUGGUUGUGAAACGCAGACCCUGUUGCGGCUUCUCCUUGUUUGCAGGUUGUUGUUGUUGUUGUGUGUUAAAAGCACAUGGUCUGGACCAGCAGAGCCAUUUUUGGGGUGCUUUGAGCAGGAGGGGUCCAUUGCAGGAGGAACAAGAACCCUUUUCCGGCUGGCCUCAGGGCGGGGGGUGUCCUGGAGGCCUGGUGGGGGCCAGCAGAGCUGAGAAAGGGAAGCCUGAGGGGGGGCGGCGGCUUCUAGCUGCUAGCAUAGGGCGCAGGGUCCUUCCGGGACACCCCAAACUGUGAGGUUGUGUACCCCUCGCCAAAUUGCCAAGCCAGCGUCUGAACUAUGCAAACCCCAGACCCACCCAGCGGUGGGGGGGCUUCCUGGCCCUUCCUCCUCCGACGACAAGGCCUUCCACUACCUGCCCUUCCCCAGUGAGGGGGGCAAGGGCCAUUGGAAUUGCUGCAAGAAAAAAUGUGGGGUUUUUUUUGCAGGGGGCGGGUAGCCAGGAAAGUGGGGAAGAAUCUCCGAGCUCCGACAGCAUCCCAGGAACUUACACCAUGGUCGUCUUAACUCCCCGGGGUGCUACCCCUUUUGCACCCCCAGCUCAACCUUUAAGGAGCCUGCCCCCCCCAAUAGAGCCAUAGAGCCUGGCGGAGAGAGAAGCCUUCUUCACCUUCUCCAGAGCCAACUUAGGGGUACAAACGCCAGGCAGAUUCUCAGCCAGAAGUGGCAAAGCCCAGCCCCCCACCCCUGCCAGCACCCCCUUCCCCAAAACUCCCCCUCAAUUUUGUACCAGUAUCUCACUGCAAUUUGUACGGAUUAUUGUCUUCCCCCUGUUCCCACUUUAAAAAUAAGAAUAAAUCUAUCCUUUAGCGUUCCUCUCUGUGACAUGGAAGACCCCCCCUCCACCAGGGUGGGAGGAGUGAGGGGGGGGGCCUCGCCUUCAUUUUUUUUUGUCAGUCGUGUUGUGUGAGUUGUUUCUUGUGUUAAUUUUAUAAGAAUCUUUUGGGAUCAGAUCUUGUCUUAUUUAAUUAUUAUUUUUUGUCUUAAAAAUUGCUGAUAGGAAAGAACAACAACCAGCCUUUUGUAAAAAGAAAAAAAGGAGGAGGGGAAAAAAAAAGAAUAAAUGCCCCCAGUAUAAUUCUCUGGAAUCCUCAAUGAUAGUUUCUUUGGAGGGUGACACACCUCUUGGGUGUUGGGGUGGGGAAGGAGAGAAAUAAAAUAAACAUUUCAUAGAAAA